AUGUCAUCAUCAUCAUCAUCAUCAUCAGUAUCUGAUGGAAUUCUCAAAUUUGCUACACAAUAUUCACUUUAUACUGGUUAUAUUAUGUUUAGUUUUGGAGUUAUUGGUAAUGCUUUGAAUAUUCUCGUUUUUACUCAAUUAAAAUUAUUUCGAACUAAUCGAUGCGCCUUCUAUAUAACCAUUGAAUCAAUUUCUAACUUCAUUUAUCAAUUUGUAUCUAUUAGUUUAACUAUUUUAACAUCAAUAUAUGGAGAUGAUGCAACAGGACGUUCUGCAAUUUGGUGUAAAUUUAGAUAUAUAUUAUCACAAAUAUGUGCGAUUACUACUGUUUAUAUGAUAUGUUUUACGACUGUUGAUCAAUUCUUCUCGACAAAUUAUCGUUACAAUUUAAGACAAAUGUGCACAUUGAAAUUAGGUCGAUAUUUUACGUUUAUAUUUAUUUGUUUUGCGAUCAUUCAUAGCAUUAUGCUUGGCUCUUCUUACAAUGUUCAACCAACAUUGGGAUGUGUCAUAUCAGAUCAUACAUGGAUUCAGUAUUCAACAUUUUUCUUUUAUCCAAUUUUAACUGGGUUUCUACCUAUUAUAAUUGCAUCGUCAUUUAGUAUCUUAGCUUAUCAUAAUGUUCGUCAUAUAGUUCGACGACAAUUACCCAUUGUUCGUCGUAAAUUAGAUAAACAAAUGACAGCAAUGGUUCUUAUGCGUGUAGUAGUCUACGUUUGUUUGUCAUCACCUUAUAGUGCUUAUCGUAUCUAUGCAACUAAUUAUCCUACAUCACGAAGUAUGCCUAUGCAAUAUGCAAUUGGUCGAUUGAUUCAAGCAAUUUUUCUUUCCAUAACCAUGAUAAAUUUUAUGAUCAGCUUUUAUAUUUUUAUAAUAUUCUCGUCACGUUUUCGUCGUCAAGUAAAAUUUGUUUUAGUAAAAAUAUGUUGGCAACGAUGGAAAUAUUGGUGUUGUUCCAUAAAUAAUCGAAUUGAACCUGAGAACAAUAUUGAAAUACAUAAUAUACAAAUAGAAUCGGAUGAAAAUAUCUAA